AUGAAACCACCACUCGGCGCCUCGACAUCCCCAUCCAUCCCUUUCUUCCCUUCCCCGUCUCCCUCCUUCUCUUCUCCUCUCCCUCCUUCCAUCUUCCUCCCCCAUCACCAUCAUCAUCCUCACCCUCAACUCCACCUACACCACCACCGCCCUAUCCUCACCACCGGAGUAUGUCACCAGCGCCUCACGUCCACUGCCUCCCUCUUCAGCCCUGCCAGACUUUCGCCUCUCUCUGACCGAGUCUCGCCGCCGCCCACGACUAACACCACCACCACCACCAUUCAUCCGGUUCCCUUCCAUCCCACCAACCAAUCCCUCAACACCCACGUCACGAUCGUCACUUAA